CUGGUGCGUGUGUUUAUUUAUUGAUGUCAAAAGUCUGUCGUUCAAAAACUUUUUGUUAUUUAUUUAUUUGAAUUUGGAAGUGAAUGUUUUCUUUUUUGAAAUAAUUACCACAUAUUUUUUUCAAUCACAGUACAGAUUCGAUUUUUCCCAAAUAGUUUUUCGAAAGUGCUAUUGCGCGAUCGAUGAAGAAAAAAAAUUGUUGAGAGAAUUCUAGAUGUAAUGAAUUUUAUUGAAGCAAAUAAAUGAAAAGCAGUAUCAAGCAAGAAUAAUGGCUAAAAUGAAUUCAUUAAGCCUAUAUGUUACAACCAACCAAAUUAUUCUCAAAGCUGAUCCUAAUAAUUCAACUACAUGGCAGGAUUUAUAUAGAUUAUUGCCUUACUUGAGAAAUUCUUUAAGUUGUGUAGUGUGUAGUAAUUUAUUAGUGGACCCACAAUCUCCUACAGGAGGCCGAUGUAAUCAUCAUAUAUGUAAAAAAUGUAAAGGUGGAAGAAAAAAAAUAAAACCAGCAUGCACAGGAUGUAGAUAUUGUUUGGAAUAUUACGAGAACAAGAGUUUGAAAAUUCUGUUACAGUGUUAUCAACAGAUGUGUCAACACCUCACUCAAAGCCCUAUUUAUGCAGGCUUGUUAGAACAAGCAUCCAUAAUAUCCCCGGUUCAAAGCGUUGAAAGAGGUGCUGGAAAUCUGUUAGCACUUAUAAGGGAAGGUUCAGAAUUUCAUGAUGAUUAUCAAAGUGAAGGCGGUAUUCCAAAAUCAACCUAUAACAUCUUACCUUGUGUUUAUACGAAUUCUUCCACACAAACAUUACAAGUGACACCUGUAGAAAAUAAUUCUGUUCCUCUAGCACAAAAUGUUUUAAAUAUUGUGAACUCUUCUAAUACCUCAAAUAUACCUAGUCGGCCAAAUAUUGGCUCGAAUCUCUAUUCAGUGAUGUAUCCUGGAGCAAUAAAUAAAAUAACAAUUAAAAGAAAGCCAAAUGAACUUAAUGAUAUGAAACAGAAAAUUAUACCUCUCAUGAAGAAAGAUCCUGUUGAGAAGGUUUCAGUAUUUAAGAAACCAGUUAACAAGUGUGUAGUACAGUCUAAGAAAGGGUGUAGAUGUGGAAACGCGACUGCUACUCCAGGUAAACUAACUUGUUGCGGCCAAAGAUGUCCAUGUUAUGUAGAGAGUAAAGCUUGUAUUGAAUGUAGAUGUAGAGGUUGCAGAAAUCCACAUAGGCCAGAUGGUCUCAAGGUACGACCGAUGAUCCCAGACAUUCAUUCCUAUCAAGUGAAUACUACUACACAAUUAUCAGAACCUCAAAUAAUACAUAAUCAACCAAUAAAACUUGGAAGUGUUGAUGUGGAUCCUCAUUUCACCUUUGAUCCAAUUGGAUUGAAAACUUACAAAGUUGUUGCCGGUGGCUUCAAUAGUUUAUCAAUUCCAACAACUUUGCUUAUGAAUACACCAAUCUUAGAAGAGGAUAUUAACUUAGAAGGAUGACACCAAAAUUUAUUUCAACCUUGAACCCAAACUUGUCUUCAUUUCAUCUUAUCGAAAAAAAAUAAGGACUUUGAUCUAUAUUACAACUUAGAUCUCAGCAAUAAAAUAUAAUGAACAUUAUAUAUAUAUAUAUUAUAUAGUGAGAAGCUUUAGGAUGAAAUUUUGUAUAAUUUUUUUGACACGCUUCAAAAACUUCGAAGAAUAUUUUUUAUAACAUCUCAAUAAAAGAACUAUUAAAAUUAUG